CCACGAAAAAGCAAAGAAGAUUAAGAGGCAGAGAAGCAGUCUUCACAGACACGGGCGGCUGGCGGAAGAGCACUGGCUCAUCCAGGAAGGUGUCCUGUGCCCUGACCUUUCAUGAUGCCAAGAAAAGAGGCUCACUUCAUCUACGGUUACCCCAAGAAGGGGCAUGGCCACUCCUACAUCACAGUGGAAGAAGCUGCAGGAAUUGGCAUCCUGACAGUGAUCCUGGGAGUUUUACUGCUCAUUGGCUGCUGGUAUUGCAGAAGACGAAGUGGAUACAGAACCUUGACGGACAAAAGUCUUCAAGCUGGAAUACAAAGUACUUUAACAGGGAGAGGUCCACAAGAGCAGCUUGGUCAUCAGGACAGCAACCUGUACUUUCAAGAGAAAAACUGUGAACUUCUGGUUCCCAAUGCUCCACCUGCCUAUGAGAAAGUCUCUGCAGAACAGUCACCACCACCUUAUUCACCUUAAGAGCCAGCAACUCACCUGAGAAAUGCUGAAAUGAUUUCCCUCACACUUUUGCUUGAAUAUAGACAUCUAAUGUUUUGCUUUAUAAUGCUAUAAGAACAUACACCUCUAAUUAUAAGCCAAUGUUAAAUUCUUAGGGCAAUUAGUAGAACCAAUCAAAUAA